AUGCGCGAAAUUGUGCACCUGCAGGCCGGCCAGUGCGGCAACCAGAUCGGAGCUAAGUUUUGGGAGGUAAUCAGCGAUGAGCACGGCAUCGACCCCACUGGCACAUACCAUGGAGACAGUGACUUGCAGCUAGACAGGAUCAGCGUUUACUACAAUGAAGCUACAGGUGGUAAAUAUGUUCCCCGUGCCAUCCUUGUUGAUCUGGAGCCUGGCACCAUGGACUCUGUUCGCUCUGGCCCCUUUGGACAGAUCUUCAGACCUGACAACUUUGUCUUUGGCCAGAGUGGUGCAGGAAACAACUGGGCUAAGGGCCACUACACUGAGGGGGCAGAGCUGGUUGACUCGGUGCUGGAUGUGGUGCGCAAGGAGGCUGAAAGCUGCGACUGCCUGCAAGGCUUCCAGCUUACCCACUCACUAGGCGGUGGCACUGGCUCAGGUAUGGGCACCCUGCUUAUCAGCAAGAUCCGUGAGGAGUACCCCGAUCGCAUUAUGAACACCUUCAGUGUGGUGCCCUCUCCCAAAGUGUCGGACACAGUGGUAGAGCCCUACAACGCCACACUGUCCGUCCAUCAGUUGGUUGAAAACACAGAUGAAACCUACUGCAUUGACAAUGAAGCUCUUUAUGGCAUCUGCUUCCGCACACUGAAGCUGACCACACCCACUUACGGAGACCUAAACCACCUGGUCUCGGCCACCAUGAGUGGCGUCACCACCUGCCUGCGUUUCCCAGGGCAGCUCAAUGCAGAUCUGCGUAAGCUUGCUGUCAACAUGGUGCCCUUCCCACGUCUGCAUUUCUUCAUGCCCGGUUUCGCCCCUCUGACCAGCAGGGGGAGCCAGCAGUACCGCUCCCUGUCAGUGCCAGAGCUCACACAGCAGAUGUUCGAUGCCAAGAACAUGAUGGCCGCCUGUGACCCGCGCCACGGUCGCUACCUCACCGUGGCCGCCGUCUUCCGUGGACGAAUGUCCAUGAAGGAGGUGGACGAGCAGAUGCUCAACGUGCAGAACAAGAACAGCAGCUACUUUGUCGAGUGGAUCCCCAACAACGUGAAGACGGCUGUGUGCGACAUCCCACCCCGCGGUCUUAAAAUGGCCGCCACUUUCAUCGGCAACAGCACAGCCAUCCAGGAGCUGUUCAAACGCAUCUCCGAGCAGUUUACAGCCAUGUUCAGGCGCAAAGCUUUCCUCCACUGGUACACCGGCGAGGGCAUGGAUGAGAUGGAAUUCACAGAGGCAGAGAGCAACAUGAACGACCUGGUGUCUGAGUACCAGCAGUACCAGGACGCCACCACCGAAGAGGGCGAGUUCGAAGAGGAGGGUGAGGAGGAAGUCGCCUAAAUUCUUCACAUUCUACGCCAAUUAUCUCAUCCUUAUCUCAUCCAUUUUCAUUACAGUGCAGGUGUUUACAUAUGAAUUGAAGAGUAUUUCUAA